GCGCCGCGGCGGCGGGCGGCCCGCGGGCGCACACACCCUCCCCGCGCAGCCAAUGGGCGUGCGCACGUCACCGACAGGCGGCCCGCGAGCCGGCAGCCCCUCAGUAAGCCACAUUGUUGCACGAAACUCCGGCGCAGGAGUCCCCGGCCGCCGCUCGCAACGUCGUGUCAUCCGGCUGAGACAUCCGCGGGCGGGCACCACGCGCGUGUGAGCCCGAGAGGUCCAGUCGCCCUCGUGGAGCCGGGCUGCUCUGCUUCUCAAGUUGAGCCGCAGUGUUCCCGUGGCUGAAGUUAGCGCCUUGGCGUGGGACGACUGGACACGUCGCCGAGAGUGACACUUAGGCGCCCUCUAGCACUUGCGACUCCAAAAUCCCAUCUCCAGGACCCCGCAGCCGGGCGCGCCCUCGCCGUAAGCCUUCUUUGUGUGCCGCCAGGACUGUCCGCUCCCGGCCCGGCCGCCGUGCCCAGGUACGAAGCGGUCUCAUCGCACCGCCCGCCUCUCCUGCACGCACUCCUGCCUCGGUUUCCCCGCUCGGCGCCGUCGGGCCGCGGCAGGAUGAUCGCCUCACAUCUGCUCGCCUACUUCUUCACAGAGCUCAACCAUGACCAAGUGCAGAAGGUUGACCAGUAUCUCUACCACAUGCGUCUCUCUGAUGAGACCUUGUUGGAGAUCUCUAAGCGGUUCCGCAAGGAGAUGGAGAAAGGGCUAGGAGCUACCACCCACCCCACUGCGGCAGUGAAGAUGCUACCCACCUUUGUGAGGUCCACUCCAGACGGAACAGAACAUGGAGAGUUCCUGGCUCUGGACCUUGGAGGGACCAACUUCCGUGUGCUUUGGGUGAAAGUGAUGGACAACGGACUCCAGAAAGUAGAGAUGGAAAACCAGAUCUAUGCCAUCCCUGAGGACAUCAUGAGAGGCAGCGGCACCCAGCUGUUUGACCACAUUGCUGAGUGUCUGGCCAACUUCAUGGAUAAACUACAAAUCAAAGACAAGAAGCUCCCACUGGGUUUUACCUUCUCAUUUCCCUGCCACCAGACUAAACUAGAUGAGAGUUUCCUGGUCUCGUGGACCAAGGGCUUCAAGUCCAGUGGAGUAGAAGGCAGAGACGUUGUGGCUCUGAUCCGGAAGGCCAUCCAGCGGAGAGGGGACUUUGAUAUUGACAUUGUGGCAGUGGUGAACGACACUGUUGGGACCAUGAUGACCUGUGGUUAUGAUGACCACAACUGUGAGAUUGGCCUCAUUGUUGGCACGGGCAGCAAUGCCUGCUACAUGGAGGAGAUGCGCCAUAUUGACAUGGUGGAGGGUGACGAGGGGCGGAUGUGCAUCAACAUGGAGUGGGGGGCCUUCGGGGACGACGGCACGCUCAAUGACAUUCGCACUGAGUUUGACCAGGAGAUCGACAUGGGCUCGCUGAACCCUGGGAAGCAGCUGUUUGAGAAGAUGAUCAGUGGGAUGUACAUGGGAGAGCUGGUGAGACUUAUCCUGGUGAAGAUGGCCAAGGAGGAACUGCUCUUCGGGGGGAAGCUCAGCCCAGAGCUCCUCAAAACCGGCCGCUUUGAGACCAAAGACAUAUCAGACAUUGAAGGGGAGAAGGAUGGCAUCCAGAAGGCACGUGAGGUCCUGAUGCGACUGGGCCUGGACCCGACCCAGGAGGACUGUGUGGCCACUCACCGGAUCUGCCAGAUCGUGUCUACACGCUCAGCCAGCCUGUGUGCAGCCACCCUGGCUGCCGUGCUGUGGCGCAUCAAGGAGAACAAGGGCGAGGACCGGCUGCGCUCCACCAUCGGGGUUGACGGCUCUGUCUACAAGAAACACCCCCAUUUUGCUAAGCAUCUUCACAAGACCGUGCGGCGGCUGGUGCCUGAUUGCGAUGUCCGCUUCCUCCGCUCCGAGGAUGGCAGUGGCAAAGGGGCAGCCAUGGUGACGGCGGUGGCUUACCGGCUGGCAGACCAACAGCGUGCCCGCCAGAAGACCCUAGAGCCUCUGCAACUGAGCCGCGAGCAGCUGCUGGAGAUCAAGAAGAGGAUGAAACUGGAAAUGGAACGAGGUCUGAGCAAGGAGACUCACACCAUUGCCCCUGUCAAGAUGCUGCCCACCUAUGUGUGUGCUACCCCUGAUGGCACAGAGAAAGGGGACUUCCUGGCCUUGGACCUAGGAGGAACGAAUUUCCGGGUCCUGCUCGUGCGGGUGCGGAACGGGAAGUGGGGCGGAGUGGAGAUGCACAACAAGAUCUACUCUAUCCCGCAGGAGGUCAUGCACGGCACAGGGGAUGAGCUCUUUGACCACAUCGUCCAGUGCAUCGCUGACUUCCUCGAGUACAUGGGCAUGAAGGGUGUGUCCCUGCCUCUGGGCUUCACCUUCUCCUUCCCCUGCCAGCAGAACAGCCUGGACGAGAGCAUACUCCUCAAGUGGACAAAAGGCUUCAAGGCAUCAGGCUGCGAGGGCGAGGAUGUGGUCACCCUGCUGAAGGAAGCAAUACACCGGCGAGAGGAGUUUGACUUGGAUGUGGUCGCUGUGGUGAACGACACCGUGGGAACGAUGAUGACCUGUGGCUUUGAAGACCCUCACUGUGAAGUCGGCCUCAUUGUUGGCACGGGCAGCAAUGCCUGCUACAUGGAAGAGAUGCGCAACGUGGAGCUGGUAGAAGGAGAAGAGGGACGGAUGUGCGUCAACAUGGAGUGGGGGGCCUUUGGGGACAACGGAUGUCUGGAAGACUUCCGCACGGAGUUUGACGUGGCCGUGGAUGAGCUUUCACUCAACCCUGGCAAGCAGAGGUUCGAGAAAAUGAUCAGUGGAAUGUACCUAGGUGAGAUUGUCCGUAACAUCCUCAUUGAUUUCACCAAGCGUGGGCUGCUCUUCCGAGGCCGCAUCUCAGAGCGACUCAAGACCAGAGGGAUCUUUGAAACCAAAUUUCUGUCUCAGAUUGAGAGCGACUGCCUGGCCCUGCUGCAGGUCCGAGCCAUCCUGCAGCACUUGGGCCUCGAGAGCACCUGUGACGACAGCAUCAUCGUCAAGGAGGUGUGCACUGUGGUGGCGCGACGGGCAGCCCAGCUCUGUGGCGCAGGCAUGGCCGCUGUGGUGGACAAGAUUCGAGAAAACCGUGGGCUGGACACUCUCAAAGUGACAGUGGGUGUGGAUGGGACCCUCUACAAGCUUCAUCCUCACUUUGCCAAAGUCAUGCAUGAGACAGUGAAGGACUUGUCCCCGAAAUGCGACGUGUCCUUCCUGCAGUCAGAGGAUGGCAGCGGAAAGGGGGCAGCUCUCAUCACUGCUGUGGCCUGCCGCAUCCGUGAGGCUGGGCAGCGAUAGAAACCCUGAAAUUGGAAGACCCUUCCUUUGCUUCCCCCUUCCCUGUUUUAAAUUAUAAGAUGUCAUCCCCUUGUGUCAGA